AUGAAAGGCAACUAUUUAGAAUUAGGAAGCAGCUUCUUGCACUUUCGGCCUCGGCGCUGCGGCCCCCUCGCAGGGCUGGGCAGGGGGGUCGGCCCCGCAGCGGGGUCCCGCAGGGCUCUGCGGGUGCUGGUGGACAUGGACGGGGUGCUGGCUGACUUCGAGGGAGGCUUCCUCAAGAAGUUCAGGGCCAGGUACCCCGACAAACCCUACAUUGCCCUGGAGGACCGGAGGGGCUUCUGGGUGUCGGAGCAAUACGGGCGCCUGGGACCUGAGCUGAGUGAGAAAGCCAUCAGCAUCUGGGAAUCCAAGAACUUCUUCAUUGAACUGGACCCGCUCCCCGGGGCUGUGGAAGCUGUGAAGCAAAUGGCAAAUUUGGCAGACACCGAUGUGUUCAUUUGCACAAGCCCCAUCAAGAAGUACCGCUACUGCCCUUAUGAGAAGUACGCCUGGGUGGAGAAGCACUUUGGCCCCGAGUUCCUCGAGCAGAUCGUUUUGACACGGGAUAAGACGGUGGUUUCUGCUGACCUGCUUAUAGAUGACAGGCCUGAUAUAAUAGGAGCCGAGCUGAACCCCAGCUGGGAGCACGUGCUCUUCACGGCCUGCCACAACAAGCACCUGCAGCUGAAGCCCCCGAGCCGCAGGCUGCAGUCCUGGACCGACGACUGGAAGGCCAUUCUGGACAGCAAACGCCUGCCACCCGUCCAGGACGCCUAAACACCAGCCUCCCGCAGCCACCCAGGGCUGCGGCCACCUGCUGAUGUCCCUCUGGAGUCCUUGCUGAAGGCUGAAACCACAGAUAGACAAACAGACAGUCUCUGCUGCAGAGAGGAAGAGGAGGGUGAGCUGAGGCACCACAGCCGUCCAGACCCAGAGAGCAGGCCCCAGCCUGGCUGAGCCACAAAGGACCAGCAGCAGGACUGGCCCUGUGGACCCAACAGCCUGGCUGGGGCAUAUUUCCCACUGGCUCCUGGGAUCUCUGCGCCACAUCUGCACCCGCCACGAGGCCAGCCCUGCGUUUCUGACGGAUGAGCUCACCCUCAGUGUGUCACUGCCCUUGUCCAAUGCACUGCAUGGCACAGACCAGCUCUCCAUCCUCCUCUCUACCUUACGGUUGGGGAUCAUGCGAGUGAUUUGUUUCAUCGUCAUGGGGCUUCAUACUGAGCGGCUGCCUUGGGGGAUGUUUCCUCCUGGUUGGUGCCUGGGUCUGGGAAGAGGGGAGGCUGGAAGAGUGGGAGGAGCAGGCAGACGCUGCCCAGGCUCCCUGCACUGGCUCGGCUGUAUGUUCCUUACAGCUGAUGCAAGGGGAUGGCUGCAGGCUUCCCCGUGGGAAGUGUUGCAGCAGGAUAUGGGGACAGUACCGCUCCUCCAGUGGACCUGGCCGUGGGGUGAGAGCUCUGAGGCACUGUUACUCCUGAGAUGUAGCUGUCCUCCAGCCAGUGGGAGGGAUUCCCUGCUUGCCCUCAUCCCUGAGGAGCUGACACAGCUUUAAAACUGGGAUUUUAGAGCUGAUUUGGGAUGAAGGCAGGGGCUCUUCUCCCACCUGCUUAUUGCUUGUGGGCCACUCACUGGGAGCAUCUCUAGGGCAGCGAGCAGGUAGCAGUGCCAGUGCCAGCCUUCCUGGGAGCGGGGCAGUUCCUGCAGGAGCUCAUGGCUCACCCUGCCAGCCAGCGAUCGGACGGUAACUCUCUGGAUUUCAAAGCCAGGAAGCCCCUGCACGUGCAGGCUGCAUGAUCAAAUCACCCCAUCUUCCUCCUGGUAGUGGACAACAUCAGCCUUCAAGGAAAACUCUGGGCAUGUGUCCACUGAGCACCUUGCUUCCACGCAGAAGGUCCUGGGUGCUGCGUCCCACCGGGGUCAGGCACUGGGACGGUUGAUGCCACAGAACAUCCUAAAUCCUCUGGUGCGGAGCCGCCCGGGAAGGUGCUGCUGUGUGGAGAAGUGGAGCUGGUGGAGGAGCUCCAGCCCCGCUGAGAAGCGGGUACAGCAGAGGCCCCAUGGGUGUGCAAAGGGCAGGCUGAGGGUUGCGCUGGUAGAGGAUUGUCAUGGCAGCAUCCGUCCUCACAUACCACAAGGGAAGAAAUUGGGGCGCCACUGCUGUUAAAGGCUGGGGAGCCCAUCAGAGGUGCUCAUGAGACUGUAUCACAGAGUUAGUUUGUUCUGCAGCUGCCUGCAGCUCCACCCCUGUCCUGCCUCUGGAUAUCUGGGGAUGGAGCAUCUGCUGGCCCCGCUCUCCUCAUCCCGGGACCUCUGUGGCGAGGUGUGUGGCCACCUGGCCCGUGUGAAGGGGCUGCAGCGUAUACAGCCGUCCAUGCCAGCCACCACUGCCAGAUGACUGUGCCAGGGCUGCCGAGCUCUGGGAGCAGCCAGUGCUGCUGGGAAGCUGCAGCUGGGCACCAAAAAGGGAGUGUUUGGACCAAGGGGCAGCUCCAAGAGGGAUGCUUGUUGUGUAGCUGUGUGCCCACAGCCUCUUCCUCCCCUGCCCGGCUCGUUCCUGCCUCCCCAAGCUUGCACCACUCUGGCCUUGAACUGCAGCAACUCGUUUGGCGCCAGAGAAGAGACAUCCCAGCUGCUGGGGAGAGCCAGGCCUACGGCAGGGCCAUCAGGCAGACACGGCCCAGCUGUCCCAAGCUCUCGGCUGCCCCGGCAGAGCCCCGGGGAUGCACUGGGUGCGUCAGGACCAGCAAGUCUGCGUCACUGCUGACACCGCAGAGGCCAUGCGGCGCCUGUCCCCACGCCGUCCAGCAUCCCACCACAUGCUCCUGCCCUCCUGGCCCGAGGACUUGCUGUCUGCAGGAGGAAAAUUCCCCGCUGGGACAUGUAGCCUCAUGGGCGGGGGCGGUAGCCUGGGCUUGCCUGGGGUUAGGCACCCCACGCUGCUUGCUCAUGCGUUUGGCUUGCUUCUCUUCUUAUGGGCACCCCAUCAGCAAAAAACUAUGUGAGCUGAAAGCUACAUAGCCAACAAAACCUAUUUCAGCAGCGGCAGUCACCCCCCCACCAUGUCCGGGACCUGGAGGGGCUACUGAAGUCGGUGCUUCCGAGUCUGUGCCUUCCCCGGCUGCCGCAGGGCCAGGGACAAAGCCUGUGUUGUCUUGGGUCUUUCUGAAAGUUGUUCUGUCUCUUGGAUGGUGUGACCAUGUAAA